AUGAAGUUGUCUACUCACCGGCGAAAGCCAAGUCGCUGCAGCAGCUAUAAACUCCUGCUGCAGGUUCCAAGGAUUCGGAAGGGGGCUCUAAAUACUGCUCUUGGAUAUGGAGCUCAUGUCCUCAAGAUGAGGAUGUUGCUUUGGGGUUGCAUCUUCUUUUUCACUCUGCUUGUUUUUGAGCAACGCCUCCCACAUCUCAUGGGCUGGAAUCAUCACCCACCACCACCACCACCUCCUCCUCCUCCUCUUCCUUCCAGGGGUGGGUACACGGUAGUGAUAAACACUUGGAAGCGCCACCCGAUGCUGAAGAGAGCCGUGGCUCAUUAUGCAACCUGCAGCCAGACCCAUGCCAUUCGUGUUGUUUGGAGCGAGAGCGAUAAGCCACCAGACAGUCUAGACGCUUAUCUUACGCAAAUCAUAUCCCAAGCUCCUCAUAAGCCCAGUCUCAGGUUUGAACUUAAUGAGGAGGACAAUCUCAACAAUAGAUUUAAACCAAUCCAAGAUGUCGCAAAUGACGCCGUGUUCUCAGUGGAUGACGACGUGAUUGUGCCGUGCCCCGCUCUGAAUCUUGCAUUUUCAGUCUGGCAAACUGCUCCCCACACAAUGGUCGGGUUUGUUCCUCGCAUGCAUUGGCUGCACCACCAGGAGAAUGGUAUAACAUACUACAAAUAUGGAGGUUGGUGGUCGGUGUGGUGGAUGGGUACGUACAGUAUGAUUCUCUCGAAAGCAGCAUUUUUCCAUCGCAAAUACCUGGACGUGUACACUUAUGACAUGCCUUCCUCGAUUCAUGAUUAUAUAACCAUAGAAAGGCCUUAUCCUACAUCCUCUAGGAACUGUGAAGACAUUGCCAUGUCGUUGCUUGUUGCCAAUGCAUCUGGAGCUCCACCAAUCUGGGUCAGAGCAAGGAUAUAUGAGAUAGGAUCCUCAGGCAUCAGCAGCUUAAAAGGUCAUACAAAGAAGAGGGACAAAUGCCUCAACGACUUCAUUUCCCUCUACGGAGCUGUGCCCCUAGUAGCGACCAACAUCAAGGCUGUGGAUGCGAGUCAAGAAUGGUUCUGGUAGAGCCCGACAAAUCUUUCCACUUUGGGUGAUGCAUGUAUUGCUCUUCCAUCAUUGCUCUUUAAAUUUUGUAUGAUGGCAUGUACCAUGACUUCACAAUUACCAUCCACUUCGUUCUCCUCCGGAUCACCAUUGCACAACUGAAGAGGUGAUUGUAACUUACUUUUAGAUCCAAAUUAUUAUGUACAAGCAUGAUGACUUGCAAAUUUCUUCUCCUGAUGGUGAAUGCUGCAGCCGUAAAUACAUUUCAUGUUUGAAAUUUGGGUU